AUGAACGAGGAUGAAGAAGACCUUGAUGAUAGGAUUCCUGAUAUGGUAAAGGAGUUGUUCAUAGCUGAGGAACAAGGUGCUGAGAAUUCUAUGUUUGCAGCCAUAUUAGAAGAGAUGAAGGAGGAACUUUUCCCUGGUGCAGCUGUUACAAGAUUUUCUUUUGUUGUGAAGUUACUCCACAUCAAGUCAUUCUAUCGAAUCAGCAAUGCUGCGUUCACUGCAAUACUAAAGUUGUUAUCAUUAGCAUUCCCAGCUUGCUCUCUUCCCACAUCUUAUGAUGAAGCAAAGAAACUUAUUCGUGCAUUGGGACUCGGAUAUGAUACAAUCCAUGUGUGCCCGAAUAAUUGUGUUUUGUUCCGGAAGGGGUUGGCAAAACAUGAUAAUUGCCCAGUAUGUGGUGAAUCAAGAUGGAAAGAUGCGGAUGGAAGGAAACAGAUUCCUCAGAAGGUAUUGCGGCAUUUCCCAUUGGUUCCAAGGCUGAAGAGGAUAGUUGCUUCCAAAAAAACCGCUGAGGAGGCACAAUGGCACAAGUUGAAGAGAAAACCAGUGGAGAAUGAGCUUAGCCAUCCAGCUGAUGGUGAGGCAUGGAAAGAAUUUGAUAGAAAAUAUGAGUGGUUUGCAAAAGAUGCAAGGAACAUCAGACUUGGUCUUGCUACGGAUGGUUUCAAUCAAUUUGGCAAAAUGAACUCCUCAUAUAGCAUGUGGCCAGUUUUUGUUGUGCCUUACAACUUUCCCCCAUGGAUAUGUAUGGAUGAAUCCAACUUCAUGAUGUCCCUACUCAUCCCUGGUCCGGAAUGCCCAGGAAAGGACUUUGAUGUCUUUUUGGAGCCACUCGUCGAAGAGUUACUCACCCUUUGGGCAGGUUUGGAAACUAAAGAUGCAUUUAGUGGAAAGGAGUUUAAACUACAUGCUGCAGUUAUAUGGUGCAUUCAUGAUUAUCCAGCUUUGAGCACAUUGUCUGGUAGAGUCACAAAAGGAUAUUAUGCUUGUGUGCGUUGUGACAAAAAUCCUUGCUCCAGAAGAAUUAGGAAUAAAAUCUGCUAUAUUGGACAUCGUCGUUUUCUUCCAAGGGACCAUCCAUGGAGGACAAAGAAAUAUUUUGAUGGUCAAACUGAAAAACGUGACAAGCCAGAGGAAUUUAGUAUAGAUGAGCUGAUGCAGCAAUUGGAGAGGGUGAAGGAUGUUAGGCCAGGAAAGCAUCCUGGAAGCAAAAAGAGAAAGCGGGAAGCAGAAGAUCAAUGUUGGAAGCGAAGGUCGAGGUUAUGGGAUCUGCCAUAUUGGGAAAAUUUGAAGCUGCGACACAAUCUUGAUAUAAUGCACAUCGAGAAAAACAUUUGUGACUACAUUAUUGGCACUUUUCUGGGCAUUGUUGGGAAGUCAAAGGACACUAUUAAUGCCAGGCUUGAUUUGGAAGACAUGGGCAUAAGACAAAAUCUACACUUGUGUCGUCAUGGAGAUUCAUACUGUUUACCACACGCCCCUUACACAAUGAGUAAAACACAAAAGCUUGCUUUUUGUGAAUUUUUAAGAAGUGUGAAAUUCCCAGAUGGAUAUGCUUCUAAUUUAGCAACACAUGUUAGUGUUGAUGCAUGCAACCUCCAAGGACUCAAAACUCAUGAUUGCCAUAUCUUACUACAAAGGAUUUUGCCUGCUGCUCUACGAGGGCUCAUGCCUAAGGAAAUAUAUGAAGCAAUUGCUGAAUUAGGUAACUUCUUUCAGCAAUUAUGUGCUAAAACUCUGAAGGUAGAUGUUUUGCAUAGAAUGAAAGAAGAAAUACCAAUCAUUCUGUGCAAGCUUGAGAAAAUAUUUCCUCCUUCUUUCUUUGAUGUUCAGUUGCACUUAGCUGGUUAUGGGCAGAGCAAGGAGGGCCCAUGUUCGAAUCCUGGAUACCACGUGCUUGAUUAA